UUGCGAUAUUGUGAAAAUCAGCAUGGAAGGUGGCAUUUUCAUGAGAUACGAGCAAUAUUUUUACGGCGUUAUCUUCUCGAGAAUACCGCUCUUGAACUUUUCUUAUCUUCAAGAACGGCAAUUAUGUUUGCAUUUGACAGUGACGAAAAAGUUCGUGAAGUAGUGAAUAAUUUGCCUCGGGUUGGUGUUGGCGUAAAAUACGGUUUACCGCAAAGUCGCAAGACAAGCCUUAUGACACCUCGGCAACUUUUCAAGCAUUCUGAUAUGCCACUGAAAUGGCAACGUCGUGAAAUUUCAAACUUCGAUUAUCUGAUGUUUUUAAAUACGAUUGCGGGACGAACGUACAAUGAUUUAAAUCAGUAUCCGAUAUUUCCAUGGGUUAUAGCGAAUUAUUCGAGUGAUGUGUUGGAUCUGAAUAUUGCAUCGAAUUUUAGAGAUUUAUCGAAGGAACCAUUCACAACUAUGUUUUUGCACCUUCAAAGUGGUAAAUUUGAUCAUUCAAAUCGUCUAUUUCAUAGUAUUGCUGAAACAUGGGAAAAUUGUCAGCGUGAUUCACAUGAUGUUAAGGAAUUGAUACCAGAAUUAUAUUAUAUGCCAGAAAUGUUGAGAAAUGAUAAUGGAUUUGAUCUUGGCAAACGAGAAGAUGGAUCAUUAGUUGGUGAUGUUGUUUUGCCACCUUGGGCAUCAAAUCCUGAGCAUUUCAUCGCUUUACAUCGUCAGGCUCUUGAAUCCGAUCUCGUUUCCUGUCAGUUAAAUCAGUGGAUCGAUUUAAUUUUCGGCUAUAAGCAAAAGGGACCUGAAGCAGUUCGUGCAACAAAUGUCUUUUAUUAUCUGACGUAUGAAGGUGCAAUAAAUUUAAAUUCGAUUGAAAAUCCCUUUAUUCGUGAAGGUCUUGAGCAACAGAUGAUUUCAUUUGGACAAACUCCAGCUCAACUCAUGACUGAACCACAUCCUCCAAGACAUUCCAUCAUGACUAUUAGUCCAACAAUGUUUCAGUCGUGCCAAGACGACUUGUGUAUGUUAAUGAAAUUUAUUUCAAAUAGUUCAAUUGUUCACUUAAGUGCGAACACUUUUGCGCAGUUAUCACAACCUUCUGUAAUUUCUAUAACAAAUAAUCUUGUAUUUGCCAUUAACAGAUGGAAUAAUAGUUAUACAAGUCACACAGCAUCUGCAUUGAAUUCAUCAGUGGAUGGUGGCACAUCAGAUGUUUCACCAAACGUUUCUAACCUACCAUUGACAGUUGAUCCUCUUUUAGCAUCAGGUAAUCCAUCGCAACCAUUAGCAAGGCGCCAUCUUGGUGACCCAUUGGAUCAGCGCUUGAAAAUAAAGUGGAAUAAUUUCGUUACCACCGUCGAUAGUCGUUCUAUUAUUGUAUGUGGAUAUCCUGAUUAUAGUAUUCGAGUUAUCGAUACUGACACUGCUAAAAUUCGUCAAGUAAUUUAUGGGCAUGGCGACGUCGUAACAUGUUUAGCUCGAUCGGAAGCUAAUCUCUUUGCUGACUGUUAUAUUGCAUCUGGUGGACUUGACUGUAUCGUUGUUUUAUGGCACUGGAAUGCACAAACGCAGGUUGUUGCUGGUGAAUACAAUGUUCCUGGUUUGUUUGCUUUUAUGUUCCUUUUUUGUUUUUUCAUAUAUGCAGAAAAAAGGAAUAUAAGAUUUCGCUUCUAA